AUGCAGGGCUUAUGCUUCAAAUGUUUAACAAAAGGACACCGAGCAAAGGAGUGCUCCAAGAAAAUACGUUAUUAUCGAUGUCAAAAGCAUCACAAUGUAAUUUUUUGCAAUUCUAAGCAGCAGGAAAGAAAGAAGAAUGCUGGAAGAAUUCGUCGAGCACCGAAAUCAAGCGAUAGCGGGCUGGUCAAAGAAGCUGAUGGGAAGAAAUCCGACACAGCGAUGGUCUCCACGGCGUUUCAAAGAGAAUUCAGUGACGCCAAAGGGAGAAGCAAGGCAACAGCUCUGUUGCUGUGCAAGGAGGUAAUAAUCACAAAUCCAAAUGAUCCGCAGCAGACACAGAAAGUGACAGCAUUUGUCGACGUCGACAGCCAGAGAAGCUUUAUUUCUAAGGAUGAUGUCGACAGACUGGGACUGCAAAAGAAGCAAACGGAAGCAAUCUCUGUACUGGGAUUUGCUGCAAGAAAGCCUGCGGCAUUUCACACCUCCAGUGUCACGUUUGAUCUGUUGUUGAAUAGCGGCUGUGCUAAGAAGAUUACCGCCAAUACAAUGGCGUUUUUGACAAAAAGACUGCAAGCCGCCGAAAUUGAUGAGGAAAAUAUGAAGCAUCUCCAUGGGGCAUAUGAAAAUGUUCUAAACGUGCCAACAGUUUGGCAAGAGCCGAAGUUGACAAGUGGAUCCGAUCAUUAUUCCGAUUUCAUUAAACCAGCAACAAAAUUGAAAUCCGGAUUUCAUCUCACUGAUUCGACAGUGGGAAUCACGAUGGCCAGUAGAGGCGAAACUAGCAACAGAAAUCACCAAAAAACAGCUGUCGUUGUACAGCCGGCAUUGGCCGACGAUGUUGAUCGCUUUUGGUAGUC